AGUAAAUCAAAACCAUGAGGAAUUAUAGAGUUUUUAUGAGUCAUAUAAAGGCGAAAACAUCUUGUGAAAAAGGUAGAAAUUAAGAAGGCAGAAGGCUAGGGUGUGUCGUCCCAGACAUCCGCUUUAAAUUUUUGAGAGAACAAGCAAUGGACAUUAGUGAAAAGAAAAGCAAUUCACACCCAGAAGACGAUUAUGUGCCACCUAUUGUGUCAUCAUAUAACGAUGAAACAAUCCUGCCCCCGCUCUUCGACUGUGUGGAUAAUUUACGACGAAGCUUAAACGUGAUGCAACAAUGUAUCCAACCCCCUCCAGUUCCUACAAUUGUUCUAGUUGGUGACAGAUGUUCAGGUAAAUCUAGCCUUAUUGCAUCCCUUAUAGGAAUAAUUUCGUUAAAAGGAUGCUUCUGCACUCGAGUUCCUGUCCUUAUUAAGCUUCAAAAUCAUCAUAGUUGUAAACUUGAGUUUUCCCUCGAGUUUGAUGGGAAAACGAGGACACUGAGAAGUAGUACCGAUGAUGAUGAUGAGUGGUGUGUAGCCUUAGAAAUAAGUCGGGCGACAAACACAAUUGCUGGCUCAACAAAUGGAAUAUCUAACAACCCUUUGACUCUGAUCCUGAAAAAGAAAGGUUUUCCUAAUCUUACAAUUGUGGAUUUGCCAGGGAUUCCUACCUUAGACGAAGCUAAUAAAGAGAUAUAUGAGCGAAUACACCAGAUGAUUUUGAAUUAUAUAACCCCCGAGGACAGGAUUAUCUUGAAUGUAUUAUCAGCCAAUACUGAUUCAUUGCCUAAAACAUUUGAGUCAAUGAAUAUAUCUGAUAAAGUCGACAAGAAAUGUGAAAGAACUCUAGUAGUUGUGACCAACGCUGAUAAUGCUCCUCAUAAGUUCCUUAAUGAGCUAGUACUUGAUAAAGUUACUGCGAUGGGACUUAAUUAUGUCUGUGUCAGGAAUAACAUUGACUUGGAGUCUUUUAAAGAAUCCGAGAUUAUAGAGGCUACGCUUUUUGAAACGAAUGAAUUUCUAUCCAAGAUUAACAAGUCUAUGGUUAGCAUUCCAGUUUUAGCUCGUAAAUUGAUGAUAAUUCAAGUGAAGAUUACUUCAACAGAUAUCCAAAGGAAAAUCAAGGAUAGGCUUAACGCGAAUGUCACUGAACUCAAAAAGUUACCAAGUCAGUGCUUCAGCACAGUCGCUGAAGCACUGAAAGCAGUCAUGCAAUAUGUGACUUCAGCUAAGAAGUCAUUGCUGACAAUUCUUCCAGGAGGGAAUCAGUUCGAUGAUAACAACGAGGAUAGUACUAUGUAUAAGAAGUCAUUGCAGACAAUGCUUGACCAGUAUUCUGUUCAGUUACAUUCAAAGAAUCUUGAAAAGAAAGAAGACUUCUUGAUGGAAGGACAGAAUGGUGAGUGGACUUUCAAUUGAUUUCCUCACUUUUCUGCACGAAAAAGUCGAUGGGAUUUCAAAAAUGACAGAAGAGUUUGUGUGCAAAAUGUGGAACUGCGUAGAAGGAGUUAUCAUCGAUGUUUUGAUGCAUCAUUUUGAUAGUCACCCGCAACUUCAAGAUUCCACUAGAAGAGUUGUGCAAAACCUGAUUGCCAAAAAGAAUGAUGAAUCGAUUAAUUGGGUACGAGAAAUUAUUGGGAUGGAAAAACUGGCUAUAGGUUACACUUGCAUUAAUCCAUGUUAUGUAGAUAGUUGCAAUAGACUCCUAGCUCAAGAAACAACAUUUAUGGAUACUAUGAACAAAAAUCACUCGAUAAUAAACAUCGAAGGAAUUGGAGAAGUUGAUGUUGAACAUUUGAGAAAUCACUUAGAUGUAGCGCGACUAGCUUUUGAUUUGAAGAUGAAGACGAGUGCACACUGGAAGAUAUUUUCGACGAGGCAGGUGGAUUUAAUGGCGUUGCAUAUGAUAUCUGCUGUUCGAAAAAUGGUUAUUGACAAUGAGAUGGAAGAGUAUAUCGCUAAUUAUCUAACGACAAGUAAUGAGAUAAAAGAAGCGCCCGAAAUUGCAAAGAAACGGCAAAGGCUCGAUGAGAGUGUAAAAUUGCUUGAGUCGUCGAAAGAGGAGGUGGUCAAGAUUGGAAGAAAGAUUACUAGUGAAACUUUAUAUCUAUUGGGUGGUAAUAUUAGAAAGAGAGAUAUUUUUUCAGAGAAAUCUCCAUUUAUAUUCUUUCGUCUCCUGGUGUAUGUCUCUCUAUUAACAAUGUUCUAGUUAGUCCUGCAAACAUAUUUCCACACGAGUGUGAUAAAUUUGAAUUUAUGUGAUGAUUUCGAAUA